UUUUGAAAAGGCUCACCAGGUUCGCGCUUGAGGGAGAGGUGCAAAGGCACAGAAACUUGGGCCUUUUUGAAGUUGUAUUGGAUCUAAUCUCAGCCGUUGAUGAGCAGAAGAAAAGAAAAUAGAGAGGAUCGAAAUAUAUACAAACACAUCGAUUUAUACCUCUAUCCAGUAUCGACUAGCACUGGACAGAAGCAGAGGAAACCCUAGCCUCGAUUUUGGACUUCAUCCUUAAUGCUCUCUGUUUUCAAGGAGUACACAAGACUAGUUGACUGUCAAAAUGGCUUUCUCCAGUAGACUUGGAAGUAUUAUGAGGCAGACCAUUUCGCAGAACAGUGCUUCAAGUGGGCAAGUGCCAAUAGCAUCGAUGCUCAAUGCCAUUCGUUUCAUGUCAUCUAACAAGCUUUUCAUUGGAGGUCUUUCUUAUGGAACUGAUGAUCAGUCUCUCAAGGAUGCGUUUUCUCAAUUUGGUGAUGUCGUGGACGCUAGGGUCAUCACUGAUAGAGAAUCAGGGAGGUCUAGGGGAUUUGGAUUUGUCAACUUUGUUGAAGGUGAAUCUGCCAGCUCGGCUCUGUCGGCAAUGGAUGGCCAGGAACUUAAUGGGCGGAACAUUCGCGUAAGCUAUGCUACUGAACGAGCUGCUGCUCCUCGAGGCAGUUACAACGGCGGCGGCGGUUAUUAGUGAUAGAAGGAUGUGAUCAGGACCUGAGAAUAGGAUCCUCAAAGUAUUUUUAUAGUGCUCCACUUACUUUGAUUUUUGUAAGAAAUUGAAAUUGCCAACUGUUUUUAAGUAUGAGUACUGCUAUAUACACCGACCAUUUUGGACCGAAA